AAGAAGCGUCACGCGACAUGCCCGCCCUCAUCACACUCAUAGCAGCCGCAGCACUCCCACUCGCCGCAGCCCACGGCGGCCACGGCGGCGUGUACGACGACAAGGGGCGGUACAUCCCCACCUCGGACGAGCUGUCCGCGUACCAGGCUGCAAGGAUCCCAUGGGCCAAGCAGGUGAAAUACGGGUACUUUUACCUCGCCUUCCUCGGCGCCGUCGUUGUCGGCGGCGUGCUCGCCAACGUCGUCUUCAGCCUGCGCGUUCGCCGGGUCAAGGUCCCCGGGUACAACCGCCUCGCGGCCGCCCUCCGCGCCCUCAGCUACCCCCGCCUCCGGCCCUCCUUCCUCGAUUACUUCUGGACCGGCGCCCCCCUUGGCCCCAACAUUGUCAUUGUCGCCGGCGCGCUCAUCGCCACAGGCCUCACCUUCGGCAACCAGUACUACUACUGGGCGCCGUACUACGGCUCCUCGCCGCUCUGCCUCCGCAGCGAGUGGAUCGCCAUGGCGACGCUGCCUUUCGUCUAGCCUGCUCGGCACGAAACGCAACCUCCUCUCCGUCCUCACCGGCGUAUCCCACGAAAAGCUGCAAGCAUACCACCAGUCCUCGGCCCUGCUGUUCCUCUACAUGUCCCUAGUGCACACCUUUGCGUGCGUAGUCAACGCGUACCGCGCCGAGGGGUUCGUGAAGAGCGUCAAAGGAGACGUGAUCUACACGUCGGGAUUUGUAGCCCUCGCGCCGCUGCUCGUGCUCUGCGUCGCCAGCUUCCCCGUGUUCCGCAAGGCGGCCUACGAGACGUUUUACUACCUCCACAUCGUCAUGGCGCUCAUGUUUAUCGCCGCGCUCUUCUGGCACGGGUACGGGCUGCUGGACAACGACGCCUACUGCAUCACCACCAUCGUGCUCUUCCUCGGCGCCGCAGCGUGGCGCGGCACAAUGAUGGUGCUCAACAACCCAGUGCUGCACGCCGCGACCGUACAGCGACUCCCCGACGGCACGAUCCGCAUCACCAUCCCGACCGCCACGAUCCAGUGGAAGGCGGGGCAGCACGUCUUCCUCCGCUUCGUGGGGCUGCGCACGGCCGAGAGCCACCCGUUCACCAUCUCCAACGCGUACCGGACUCGAGCGCCCUGCUCAAGGACAUGGUGUUCGUGCUGCGCCCGCAGGCGGGCUUCACGCGCGCGCUGGCAAACUCGAGCCGCACAAGCUUCAAGGUGCUCGUUGACGGGCCGUACGGGCACGCGGCGGACGAGCUGGCCGCGUUCGACAGCGUGCUGCUGUGUGUUGGUGGCUCAGGGCUCUCCUGGGCGCUGGCGGCAGCCCAGGCGGUGCUCCGCCGCGAGAAGCGCCCGGCGCUCAAGUUGGUGUGGGCUGCCAGGGAGUACGCCGCGCUCCAGUGGUUCCGGGGCGAGAUGGCCGCGCUCGCAGCGGACGCCGACGUCGAGAUCUACAUCACGGGCGAGGUCGCGUCGCCCGUGUCGGCGGGCAAGGAGAAGGCUGCGGCGGACGGCGACGACGAGGAGAGCGAGGCGAGUCCCGUCGCCUCGCACCACGGCGCGCGGCCCAACUUCCCGGCGAUUAUCGCGCAGCAUGUCGCUGAUGCCGUCGGCAGCGUGGCGGUCGGCGCUUGUGGGCCGGCUGGGCUCAUCGCGGACUGCGCCAACGCUGUCGGCCGCGCACAGGUGGAUAUUGUGCGCGGGCGGCUGCCGCAGGUCGACGAGGUGUACUUUUCCAGCGAGGCGUAUGCGUGGUAGGGGGACAGCGAGGCAGUCAAGUAGUUAGGGUUGAUGAGAAAUAUCAGGUUAUAACGAUGCAGAACGGAGUAGUCACACGAGCA